AUGUCGAUAUCCUCUCACCUCCCGAUCCUCAACUUCAUUAAAUACCCAGAAGAAGUCAAACCAUUUGGACACCCCAAAGAGCGCCAGAUCGACAGAAAGAUUCUGAUUGACAUCUCGCCGGAUCGAGAAGACUACCUGCGACGGCGAAGUAUUGAGGAAUUGCGGGACGACCUAAAGAUAAGACCUGACUACGACGAGGAACAAUCGAACUGGCUAUACCAAAGAGUGGGCGGGAGCCCUCGAUCAGACACGACCAAGAUCAACGACUGUGACAGUACAGAAGGGCACCAACUCAAAGCCAACAGCACCACGCGUCUCUUGAACUUCGACGACACCAUCUUAUCUUCCAGAGAAUCCUCCCGCAGGCUAUCCGCCUUUUGGAUCCGGAACCGUUGUAGCGUCUCGUUAGAAAGCCUAAACUUCUCCGACGUCGACACCUUGGUAUCGCCCCGUCCACUAGGCCCUACACACAUCCUGGUCGCAUAUGAGAGUCGGUGCACAGGUUUCCGGCCGCGCGUUUGCGAGAUGCCAAUCAACGACUUGCUGUUUGUGCUGAACACGCCCAACCUUGGACCUCGACGAUCGGACGACGGGUUAGAGCUGCCACCACUACCGAAGAGAAUGCAGGACGAACUCCCUCGCGUCGUGAUGCCGGUUCCUCAACUGGAAACGCUCCCAGAAUUGGUCAUAUACCUGCACAACAAGAACCAGGCUGAAUUAUUCCGCAGGUUGGUCCCAGUAUGGAUCCGUGACAUUUUGCACCCGAUGCCUUCUGUGGUGGUACAAGACCUGGAUGUCGGGCCAGAUUCUGUGGGUUGGAGCUGCAUUGCCUCCUUUCGCCUUCCAUGGAUGAAGCCCGGGUGGAAGAACCAGACACGACUAGCACCUGGCAAACCCUUCAGCCAGAGGAGGACAGAGACGGUCGCGGCAGAACUCGCGGCCACUGCGCGCAGCCUGAAGCAGGAGCAGAAGGCGAUUUUGACCCUGGUGAAGUUGAAUGCCUUGCGCGAAAACCUCCAAUACGUCGGGUACUUCGUUAACGAGCUAUGGGUUGAGCUGGACAUGACUCGAGAAGUCCUUUUGAAGGCGAUUUCUUAUAUGUCAAAGGUGGAACCAAGGAUGACUUGA